GGAGAGGAGGUAGACUUGAGGGCAGGCGGUCUGAAAAGCAACACACACGGCUAAACUAGCUAACAUCGAAUGCAGAGGAGAAUAUUAACAAAGUUGGCCAGCUUCCCUGGUGAGCAGCAUCACACAUCUCUGAGAGGAGUCCAGACUUCACAUGACGUCAGACCAGGAGUCGACCGUCCCAGCUGAGCCUCAGGUGCUGCUAACGCGGGAGACAUGGUCGCACCACCUCGGCCCGGAGCGUCAACACCUGGAAUCCACCCCGGUCUCUGAGCUGAACCCCAAUGCUCAAGUAUGGGCCAAUCACACGCUUAGCCUGGACCCCUCAGGCCCUGUCUACACUGACGCCCUCCAAUCAUGGCUGGCGGUGCCCAGUCACCUUGACAACCAGGAAGGGUAUGAGCAGGGAUAUGACCUGGAGGAAGUGGGCGAGGCUCAGCUGGAACCGAGCGGUGUAGAAUUUCCAGUGGUCACCAUGGGAAACCCGUCAGCCAGUGGCCUGGUCCAGGACAGCUGUGUCUCAGAGGAGCUCAUGGCAGAGCUGAAGACCUCACUGGAGUCCUGUAUGUCACGGGAGAAUCUGGCCAACGACCUCUACCUCGUCUCCCAGAUGGACAGCGACCAGUACGUUCCCAUAGCAACGCUCGCCAACCUCGACCACAUCAAGAAGCUCUGCACGGACUUGGAGCUCAUCUCUGACAUCCUCAAGUCCUUGCCACUGGUGGAGGUGGCAGAAUGUGGGCAGAAGGUACGGCCAAAUCAGGGUCGCUGUAUCGUCAUCCUCCGAGAGGUCCCAGAGACCACACCCCCAGAGGAGGUGAAGGCUCUGUUUGCAUGUGAGAGCCUCCCCAGGAUCCAGAGAUGUGAGUUUGCCCAGAACGACAACUGGUUCAUCACCUUCCACACUGAGGCUGACGCUCAACAGGCAUUCCAGUACCUAAGAGAGGAGGUAAGGACGUUCCAGGGGAAACCCAUCAAGGCGCGAAUCAAGGCCAAGGUGAUGGCAGUCACAUCUUACGCUCCAAAGAAUGGCUACAAGCCCUGCCCAAUGGAUCCCUGCACCAAUCAGCAGCCUUACAGCCCAUACUACGCACCGGCCACUUUCCAGCAGCCCCUCCCACAGCUCUACACAAUGACCAAUCAGAGCUUGGCUGCCAUGGCCGGAUACACAGACCCUGCCAUGCAGAUGGCGUCAUUCUCUGGCUUCAUGGACGGCUUCCCAGGAGGCCCCAGUUUCAAACUAUCCCCCUCACACAGACACAGUAGGGGGCAGCAGGACCAGAGGCGGCGGUCUGGUGACAGUGGGCCGGGCCUUCUGGAUGAUCCCCCCUUCUUCCCGGAGUGUGGACUAAUAGGAUGCGUCCCUGGCCCCCCCAGGCAGGGCCGGCCACGGUUACCAGGCAACAGGUGUAGGGAGGGAGAGGGGGGUCGACGUGGAGGGAGAGGGGGGUCAGGUUCCUCCCCCAGCACUGACAGAGGAAGGAAAGGUCCCAUUGGUCAGAGGAAGAGAAGAGAUGACAAGUACACUAGAGGGCCCCCCCAGUCGCCCUCCCGCUCCUUGUCUCCCAGGCUGGAGCUUGACCCCAAUAGCUUCCCCCCGCUUCUCCUGGCUACAGCUUCUACAGCAACAGUUACCACAGCAACCAACAUCCACAAGGCAACCAACAACCACAAGAGUCCAGUUAGAGACAGCAGUACCAGCCAACCAACCACUGUGACAUCACAAGACCUCCAGCCUAUCACAGCAUUGCCUCAGAAAACCCUCCCCCUAGAGAAGCUGAAGGAAACCGUAGCGUCUCCCAAGAGGACCACAGCAGCUCGUCCGACCGCGAAAGAACCGCUUCAGACCACGAAGGAGAACGGACCAGCAGCGGAGUCCAAGAAGCCAAGCUACGCUGAGAUCUGCCAGCGGAUACGAGCCAAUCAGAUGCUCGCCGCAAAGGCUACUGACCACACUCCCUUGGGGGCGGGGAUUGUCCCAGCCUAUCCUUCGCAGGCGCCUGACCCGGCCCAGUUAUCACGGUGACCAGUGAGAUAGUUACUUUCGGUUGGGGAGGGGAGGAGAGAAGUGGGAAGAAGUUCUUCAAGCCAAAGAAGAAGAAAAAAACAUUGUAGCACUGUUGUUUCUCUCUGCUCUGUCUGUUUGUCCGUCUGAUUUGACAGACCUUUCUGACUUUCUGAAAUCUUUAUAUUUUGAUAUUGAUUAAUUUAUUUUGAUUAAUAUUGAUCAAUAUUUAGAGAAUUGGACAUCAGAUUGCUGUAUUAACUCCUUAGUCUAAAUAACUUAAUUGGAACAGUUACAGUAACUAUGAACAGCCAGACACUGUUGAUUCGAAUUCCAUUUGUGUUGAUGGGGGGGGGUCUCUUACAGAAAUACUUUAGAAGAGGAACAACUUGGGUUGAUAUUUAUAAGUUUACAUACAGAUACAACACAGUUAGAGUUACAUGAAUUAACAAUUUGAAUUUGAUUUGGAAUCAGGGGUGGUGG